GCCGCUGUCUCUGAGCUUCCGUAGUAUUUACAGUCACUCGUGAAUCCUUCAUCAUCUGAGCUGGUUUGUUUAACGCGGUUUAACGCGUGAUUUGUGUUUCAGAGCACUUUCUCCAUGUGUUCAGAACAGCGACGACGCGCCGCAGCGUCAUUAUAGCCGCAGGAUCGCGCGCGUGAGAAUGUCGCGAUCUGGAGGCGGAGGCGCGGAGCUGCAGGGCUGGAGGAGAGAGAGCAGACAGAGACAGAGCGGCAGGACCGCUGGCAGAGUCGAUGUGUACUUCAUCAGUCCUCAGGGCAAGAUCUUCAGGUCCAGGACUCAGCUGCGCAGAUAUCUGCUCUCGCAAACCAACGUGGAGCUGCAGAUCACUGACUUUGACUUCUCAGUGUCGGAUAAAACUCAACAAACGAGAGGAACGCUGAAAGAGAAAUCCAGCUGUCCUCUAAGAGCUGGAGAGAGGGCAAAUGAAGACAUGGAGGAGCGUGGAGAAGAGGAGAGCGAGACCGUCCUGGACACAGAACCAGCGAAUCCGUUAAAUCCAGCUCUAGAUGAACAUUCAUCUGCUUCAGAGAGCCAAGAACACGAUCCGUCAGAGACAGCCGGAGGAGUCGAGGAAGAAAACAAGCGCCUGAACCUCGCGGACGGUGUGUCUCCACCCAGGUUGAAGUUAUUUGCAGAGAAGCGGAAAACGAGUCCGUACUUCAGCAGAAGGAGUAACGCUCUGAGCCAGCCGAAACGCAAAGCCUUCAGGAAGUGGACUCCGCCGCGCUCGCCCUACAAUCUAGUGCAGGAGACCCUGUUUCACGACCCCUGGAAGCUCCUGGUGGCCACCAUCUUCCUCAACAAGACCAGCGGUAAGAUGGCGAUCCCGACGCUGUGGGAGUUUUUCGAGCGCUACCCGAGCGCGGACGUGACCCGGGCGAGUGACUGGCGGCCUCUGGCGCUCCUGCUGCAGCCGCUGGGUCUCAGCACGCUCCGCGCAAAGACACUCAUACGCUUCUCUGACGAGUAUCUGAGUAAAUCCUGGCGAUAUCCCAUUGAGCUCCACGGCAUCGGCAAAUACGGCAAUGACUCGUACCGGAUCUUCUGCGUGGAGGAGUGGAGAGAGGUGACCCCAGAUGACCACAAGCUCAACGACUAUCACGCCUGGCUGUGGAGAAACCAGGAGCGCUUAGGAAUCUGAUUUUACUCAUUUUAAUAAACCAUAAUGCCUGCAGGAGCACAUGUGAAUCAGUGCUGUACCAGUGAACAUCAGCCGUUUGAAUUGUUCCAUCAUGUUUGUUCAUCAGUUCAAGAGAAACCUUUGAGGAAUAAGAUAUGUACAAAUAAAUUACUUUUUUAUCUUUUGUA